AUGUCCUACCUCCCCUAUCGCCCUCCACACACCCGCGGUGACGGCCAACCGACUGCGAUGCUCUAUGAUGAGGACUACACCACAGUGCCCCCGGUUCCUGCCAACCCUACCACAACCCCGCCCCCGCUGUCUCGUGGUCCCUCGCCAUUGGAACACAUCGCCCCACAACUGGUGAUUACAGCGAGUAGUGGCCCAUACUGGGACAUGUGCUCACUUGCGCCCUCACGUGCACAAACCGACCCCGGAGCACUGGGGUCUACAAAUAUAUUUGAACGUACACUGUCAACGUACGAGACCCACCUGCGUGUGCAGCUCACAAUCCGAGAACACGAAUUAAGGAGUAAUGAGCAUGAGCUCAAUAAACUCUGUUCUCAGCUCACUGAGUUCACACAGGAACUUGAUCACACGGCUAAUAGAACCAAUUGUGUGAUAAACGAGAAUGGCCGUGAGACACAAUUGUCCCCGCACCAGGAGAACAACCCGUGCACAUAUCCUGACUGGACCGGGGCGCACUACUCUCUUUGGCUGUUUGGAGGUCCAGCUUACUUCGCGGGUAGAGUCGCGAUGAUCCAGACCCGUGAGCCGCGGAUCGUGAGCCAUGCGGCUCCAGCUCGGUCCAGCUCCGGCUCGAUGCAGCUCCGGUUCAGAGGGGGACCAAAAACGGUUGAACUGUGGCUCCACCCACGGAUCCUCCAAUCUAAUUCACGCACUAUAGACACAGGAGCAUGUAUAUAUACACUUGUUCACUACUUUAAGCACUUGUGUUACCAAGUGUCAUCAUCGGACUCGUCAUCCGAGUCCAAUGGGGUCCGCAGUAGCAGCAGGGACCCAUCUGAAUCCUCACUAGCGUCGCUCGAGGCCCUUAUCACUUCAACCCACUUGCUCCCUACCUCAACCAAACGCUCAGAAGGUGUGUCCGCAGGAGCAUGGGUGCUGGUGGACUCUGUCGAUGCAAUGGUGGAGGACGCAGAGGUGAUGCCGAAUGUGGGCACGCCGGUAGAUGCCACCGCAUCGGCGGGCGCGGACGCGAUGGUGGUGGACGCAGCUGCGACAGCGGAUGUGGCCAUGGCCGCGCGCGUGGGUGCCUGGGUGGAUGCGCACGUGGGCGCCUGGGUGGACACGACGGCGGCGGACAUGUCUGUGAUGGCAAACACGGGCGUAAGGACUGUGGCGGAGGAGAGGCCAGGCUCCGCAGAGACAGGCGGCUCAGGUGCAGGUGGAUGGGUGGAUGCGGGCACAAGAAUGGGCACGGAUGUGGGCGUAAUAGUGGGCACGAUGGUGGGCGCGAUAGCGAACACGGGCACAAUGACAGUGGCGGAGGAGAAGCCAGUCUCGGCGGCGCCAGAGAACGAGGGAGAGGGCACAUGCGUGGACGCAUGCGUGAGGAGGGAUGUGGACGUGAAAGUCGACGUUCUCGACUGCUGGGGUGUUCUUGGCAAAGGUGCUGUAUGCGAGAACGAGCUGCAGCCAUUUUCGGGCCUUGAUCUGGAUCCGCAUGGGUCAGAGCCUCCAGAAGAGCCGGAGUCGCAGGACCCGGACCCGCACUUUGCGGAUCGAGCCAUGGAUUGA